AUGAUUACGUCCAAGUCAGUAACCCGGGCGUGUGUUAUUGAUGGGAGCGGGCGCGGGCGGAGGACGCACGAAAAGUGGGUCAGGAGGGGCGCCAGUCGCGCGGCACUGCGCCCUCAGCUUCCAGCCAUGGCGGACGCCCCGCCUGAAGUCCUCGAGCUGAACGUAGGCGGCGUGCACUAUGCCACUACACGCGACACGCUGUUGCGCGAGCCGGACUCGCUACCGGCUGCCGCGCUACGCGAUCCGGAUCAUCCCCGCGACGCACGCGGUCGCAUUUUCUUUGAUCGCGACGGUGUCCUCUUCCGCUACGUACUCGACUACCUCCGAGACGGAGGCCUCGUCUUGCCGGAGUGCUUUCGCGAACAUAAGCGCCUGGCGCGCGAAGCUAAACAUUAUAGGUUAGUGGGUCUGGAACAUGCAGUACGGGAAGCCGAUCCCCGACCACCGCACCGCGAACGUGGCUGCAUCACCGUUGGCUACCGUGGUAGCUUUGCCUUCGGCCGUGAUGGCCUUGCCGACGUCAAAUUCCGCAAGCUGUCGCGUAUUCUGGUAUGUGGAAAAGUAACACUAUGCCGGGAUGUGUUCGGUGAGACACUAAACGAGUCCCGUGAUCCGGACCAUGGGCUGGCGGAUAGAUACACAUCACGAUUCUUCCUUAAACAUUCGUUCAUUGAGCAAGCUUUCGACAUGUUGCAAGAGCAAGGAUUUAAGCUGACAGCCAGCUGCGGAAGUGGAACGGCUGGUGGCGCGGCGGAACUCAAACCUGGUGUUGAUUCCGAGGAGAACCGCUGGAAUCACUACAAUGAAUUUGUGUUUGUACGCGAGUAAUAUCCUUGUCUCUAUUGUGAUAAUAAAUCCCCUACCAACAUUUUGGGGCACAUUGCUUAUGUGGAUCAGCCACAGAAAUUAAAUGAAACAUUUAAAGGUAACCACAGGUAACCUGAAUAUAUUUAUAAUAUAUUUAUAUAUCCGUUAUUACUUCCACUUACACUACAGUAAUGUCAUCUAUAAAAUAAAACUUCUUAAAUUAAUUUUGUACUGUUACAUAUAAAAAUAUUCUCAACUAUUCAACGAUAUAUUGGUUUUUUUAAUAAUAUGCAGACAAUUACUAUAUUUAAGUAUAUCGUUCUAGAAGUAUUACUAAAUAAAAAAAAAAUUAAAGACAUGUUUACAUAGGUUAUAGAUAUGUAGAUAAAGCGAACUUAAAUGUAUUCAUCUAUUAAAUAAGUAGUUAAAUGUAAUAGAUUAAAUGUAUAAAUAAUAAAUGUAGAAAUUAUCUAACUUUUAGAGCUAAUCUUGUGUACCUACUGUAAUAGACCUAUUUCUGAUGUAUCCACUAUAUUUUUUAAAUAAUUUUAUCUUACAAUGUAUAUUGAAAUUACGUAAUGUUUUCGAAUAAAAUUUCAAAUUUCUAUGAAACUUCAAUAACGUACAAAUUCUUGAAGUAUUUUUCUCAAUUUUCCUUAAUUUUAUAAAACAAUAUUUACAAAAGUUCAUUGGAUUCUAUAUCUUAUAAACAAACCCUUUACCUACCUACCUAAGUACUGACCGAUGUGUUGUGAUCAAUCCAUUUUCUACACUGUAGUCGUUUAUAAAUGUUUAUAGUUAUAAGGAAAUUUUGUUUUAUUAAAGAUUUCAUUGAAAACGGUUAUAAAAUGCGCGAAAAAGAGUACCUAACUAAUAAUAGUAAACGAAUGCGGUUUAUACUGCCCCGUAGAAAAUAAUAUUUAACUUGUGUAUGAGAUAAGAACGUUGUUAAGACUUUAAAAGCCUAAAAAGUGUUAAAAAUAUCGCUUUCACUUACAAAACUUUCAUCUUUAGAUCAAAAUUCGUAUAAAAAGUGCGCCGUAGUAUUACUUUUUUAAAUAUCUACUGUACGCUAUUUGCAUAGGCGCGAAGCCAACAUCGAAUUUACGAUCGUAGUCAUAUCAUUAGAAUACAAAAUAGUUUUAAGCUUACAUUUUCAAAUUCUCCUGCUUAACUCAUGAGUAAAAAAUAUUUAUAUGCUUAUCGCUAUUUUUUUAAACGCAGGAAAUGUUCAUGCAAAAAUUGUGUCAAACUUAAAGUGGAAUAUUGGCCAAAAAUACUAUGAUCUUAUGACACAAGUAAAAAUUAUUCAGGUUAUCUAUUUAUUUAAUUAAAAACAUUAGUUUUUUAAACUGAAUAGUUGAAAUUAAAUAAAUUCGAUGUUUCGGUGAUAGCGGUAUACUACUAAUUUCAUUGAAA